CGUUGAUGAGGUUUCAGGCCCUGCUCCGCCGAUGGCGCUGCUCCAUUCCUUAUACUCUCAUCGUCAAAGUUCAUAACAAUGUUGCCUCCAUUCGUGAAUCUUGAAUCAGUAAUCUGAAUGCCUUGUAAUGCCUGGGAAACUUAAUUUUUCAUCUCAGUAGACUUUUUAUCUUGAUCAGAGGCCUUCACGACAAGCAGAUGCUUCUUCCUCCUCCGUUUUGCUACAUCAGCCCAGCUGGCGCCAGCCGUCUCUGUUUUGUCAGCACAAAGCUCCACCACCUCACCCAGCUUCCCUUUCACACUGAGUGCCCGAGUUUCAACUUCAUCUUUCACAACUAAUAUUUCUUAAGAUAAUCCUUGCUUAGAUUCAUCCAAUUUAUCCACAAUGUUGGUUGCUAAAGAUGCCUUGUGUAAGCAUGGCGCCCAGUUUAUUUUGGGUAUAUUAUCCUGCUUGACCCCUGUCGGAUGAGCACACUUCACAUGACACCACUUAGGGCACAAACAACAUGCAAUACAAUGCACUUGUCGCCUGAAUAGUCUUCACAGACGCAACACACGUCUCUCAGAGUUCUGCUCCCGCCGCUCGCCAUUGUCGAGUCAGCAGAUCAAGAGCACACAAACGACACGUCCACUCUCUCCCACUGUCACUCACCUGUGUGCAGAGUACGAGAAUCUGUUUAUGGUGACUGUUUGGCUCGUCCUCACAAGCCCUUAUUUCAAACAACGACAGCCACCAUUGAACAUAGUGUACCCAGGAGUCCGUGUUCAGCCUUUAAGCUACUGUUCUUAGUGCCGGGCAAAUUUGAUGUCAGCCAUGUACACAGUUCGACCUAGUGCCUGCUGCCCAACACAGCAUAAAACCAGCCCAAGCAGCAACUCCCGCGCGUCAAAAGAAAGGUGUCGCCACGAGCUAAAUUAGGCCUUGAUACACCUGUCUUCGUCGUCAUGCUAUCAACAAGUUCAUGGUACAGAAGAAGGGCCAAACUAACACCAGGGUCAUAAAACUACCCCUGGAAAUGCCGAAAACUCCUACGAAAACAGAAGUUGAGGGCCCGGCGCGCACCAUAAUACGCCGGCUCUUCUUAUCAGCCCCUCAUCACCGCCACCCUUCACUCAGCGUUCACUCCCAACCCACAUUUCACUCUCCCAGAAACAGUCCCGAAAGAGGAAGAAGAAGAGGACGAGGACGAAGAAGAGAAGGAGAAGGGGGAUGAGCUGGAUGGAAAACGGGAUGGCGCUGCAGAGGAGUGAAAAGCUGUCAUAGAAAACGUGGGGUGUUGUUGCCUUCGUGACGUCACAGUUUGUUUACCCUGAGGCCGAGUGAUUGAAAUGUUGGAGAGAGUCCCGGAAAUAUAAACGCCGAGAAGAUGUGUUUUAAUUAAUUUUGAAGUUGAGUGCACCAGCAGCAGCAUCAGUUUGGCGUUGAGGAAACUAAAACACUGAAAAAAAAAAAAAAUAAAUAAAUAUGUAAGUACGAGAAGAUACAUUGCAGUGAAAGAAGUGUAUAUUUUUUUCAUUUUCAUCACAAGUUUUCGAUCUUAAGUUUAAAUGUAUAUAUGCACAUGCACACACACACACACACACACACACACACACACACACGCCCACACACGCACGAAGAAAUUGGAAAAGGCAAACACGCGUGUGGUAAAUUUAUGAAGUGUUUACUCCCGACGUUGCUUCCGGAGUGUGCUCGCCCUCUGGUGAUGGUGCGGGGCUAAGCCAAAACCUCUCUUGCCAAUAACCUUUAAGUGUCAUGUUUAGAUCUGAGUGUUGAGUGUCGUCGAGAGCAUAUCAAAUCCCUGUGUUUUUGUGUUGUUAGUGGAUUCAGUAAGUAUUAAUCCCCCGUGUGAACCUCAUUUGAAAGAUUAUGCUGAAAAAUGAUAAUCCAGUGAAAACGAAGUGAAUGGAUGAUGAAGGGAUUACGUAAAGACGGUUUGCCGCAAUGAAAGAAAAUACCGUGAACUAGAGGGCCCCAGGGAAAGUAUUGGACAUGAAAAUCUUCGAGGAAACACUGCGGAAAGAAACGAUAUAUUUAUAGCAUUGCAAAGCUGAGAGGAAGGGAAAAAAAGUAGAGAAAAAGAAGAGAAACACGGACAGAGCGAGGGAGAGAAAGAGAGAGAGAGCGCGCGCGAGAGAGCAAGAGGAGAGAGGGUGAGAGGUGAGAAAAUUUAUUACCCGAGAACUUCGAUACCUCACAGCGUUACCAAGUCUGAGUGAAACCUUCACUUCGUCACGAUGAAGCUGCGGGGUUGGCAGGGGACGCGGUCUCCUUUCCCCUUGCUGGCGAGGGACAAAACACGGACACAACUCAAAUAAGUGAAAAAACACUCCCUCCUUCCUCUCAUUAGUGAAAACAACACACCCGCAACACUCACUCAGGCAGGGCGAAAGAGAGAAAGAGGAAGUUGUGUUGCAGGGAAGGCCGUUGGCUCGCCCUAAGGAGAAUACUUGAGAAGGUAGAACAGAAAAAAUAAGUGAAAAAAAAACUUCCACGUAAUCACAGCCGCCAAGUACGUCUGGGUUUCGGAAUUAUGGGUCCGCCCCUCUCUGAGCCCCGCCUCGUGCCCUGGGCGGAGGAAGAGGAGGAGGAGGGGGAGGAAGAGGCAGGAGAGGAGGAGGAGGGCGGGCUGGGGCGGCGCCUGGAGGCUGUCCGGUGCUCCUCGACUUUGCAGAGGGAGACGAGAAACUUGGGUCCCCAUUUACCGCCCUCGACAACGCCUUCCCGAGUUGCCUUUGAAGUGACUGCUCCAAAGGUCGUGGAAAAUGAGGGAGAAGUGGUCAUGCAGGACAACAACUUUCCUACUCGCCGUCGCCGCCCUCGCCGCCGCCACCACCGCCGCCGCCGCCGCCGAAGAGUUUCCUCAAGUUCGGGCAAUUCUGAGGAACGUGAACUCCGGCCGGUGGAGGGUCGUGACGCGGGUGUGAACGCGGCUCCCUCUACGCUCUCCUCCCUCCUCAACUUACGAACUCCUGCCGCCUGCUGGAACUCCGGUCUUCAGGGUCUGGGGAAUGUUGCCGUGGCCGCCACUGGAAGCUGUGCGUGCUGCCGGCCCACAGGAAAAGGACGAGAGGCUUUUAGGGAAGAGUAUCGGGCGGGAAGUGAGGCCUCCUGUGGGUGUUUUUUCGCCUCCAGCAGCGAACACGACCCCACGACCCUUGCUCUCCAGUGUCCAGGGAAAGGUGACGAGUGUACCGGAUUCGAGGGAGGAAGGAACGACUCCACGACGACCUGCUCACCAAGGAGGAGCCACGGCCACUCCGCAACACGUAGCCACAGCAUGAAUGUAGAAGAAAACCAUAGACGGACCUCAGCCUCGCCCACCAGCCAUAUCAGCCACACCUCGGGACCACAAGGGCGGGACGGCCACAGUUCACAGUCAUCGGCACCACCCAGCCGCACCACCGCACCACCCCCGCAACACACCUCGGCCACAGAGCCACCAGCAGCGCCAGGUCACAUCUCUUCGUCACCAAGACCAAAAGCCCUCGCCUCGCCGCCCACCAGAAAACGAGCUGUCACCACAGAGGCACUCGGAGGGGCACGUCAAGCCACUCCGGCCAGCGGGGAGACGCCUCGCCACGCCUCAUCGCCAGCAGGUGGCAGCAGGCACCGCUCAGCGUCACGAGGAGGCAGAGGGUCACCAGCAGAGCCACCAGGCCAGCCCGGCCACACCCAAAGGUCUAGCGGCCACCGCAGCCCCUCUUCCAAUCUCCCUCGCCCCCGGAAUGCCCAGCCAGGCGGAGCGUCGCUCCCCAGCGUGAGGAGUCAGCCGUGCAGAGGCCAGGCCGCCACGCCCCUCCGCGCCGGCUGGUGGCCACUGCUGCUGACGCCGCCGCUGCUGCUGCUGCUGCUGCUACCGCCCGCCGCCUCCCCCACCGAACUCGACGAGGAAGUGAUCCGUCCUGCCCUCUCGGCGCCGCGGUACAACCUGACCAUCGUGGCGGGACGCAAGGCUCACCUCACCUGCAUCGUGGAGAACCUCAGCGAAUACAAGGUGGCGUGGACUCACUACGGCAAGAACGGGCGGGCGGUGCUGACGGUGGACAACUCCGUCAUCACCAAGAACCACCGCAUCGCCCUACUGCAGGAGCGGGAUGGCGCAUCGUGGUCGCUGCUGAUCAACAACGUCACCACCACCGACCAGGGCAAGUACAUGUGCCAGGUGAACUCCAAGCCGCCCGAGAGACUCAUCUUUCACAUCGCGGUCGAGGUGCCUCCGCGGAUCAUCACGCCGCCGAAUGACAUGACCAUUUCGGAGGGCGAGAACGUGACGCUAAGGUGCGAGGCUCAGGGGGACCCCACACCUGUGCUUACCUGGCGGCGGGAGGACGGCCACCCCUUCACCGUCAACAACACGCAAGUCGUGGACACCGGAGGACCCACCUUACACCUGUCCUCCGUGGGGCGUGACGAGGGCGGCGCCUUCCUCUGCGUGGCCUCCAACGGUGUUCCUCCAGCAGUCUCCGCCCGUGCCAAGGUGUCCGUGGAGUUCCCCCCUGAGAUGCUGGACAGCUCGGGCGUCACCUGGGCCGAGGAGGGUCAUCGGGCAACCCUCAACUGCACCUACCGAGCCUGGCCGCCGCCUAAGGUCACGUGGACGAAGGAAGGAGGCGACACAUCCGGCUUAGGAGAGUCGAUGGAGCAGUGGAGGGCGCAGGGGGUGGCCGUCUCCUCCUUGGUCCUCACCAACCUCGGCGUGGAGAACUUCGGCCACUACCGCUGCACCGUGAAGAACAUACUUGGCACCAACUCCACGCUGCUGACUCUGGCGGUGAUCACAACUACCACCACUACUACUACUACCACCACCACGACCACCACCACCACCACUACCACCAGCACCACCAGCACCACCCCCACCACGCCCCAACCCCCGCUCUUCGACAGUAACGAAGGAAAGGUGUUGGAGAAGAAGACGAAUAUUAUAGCCAGCGACUCUUCUUCUCUUCAACACUCCCCCACUGACGGCGCCCCCCACCGAUACAUUCAGGAUGGCGGUCCCCCUCCCAGUGACCCCCGACCCCGCUCCCUCAAUCGCGGGUCAGCAAGUGCGUCGGGGAGCGCGUCGAGGGGGGGGCGUCCGCUGCUGACUCGCCGCCCCCUGCUGCUGCUGCUCCUCUUGCUGCCACUCCUACUGCGCUGAGUCACCUGUCCCGCCUGCUGACCCGCCUCGUCUGCCCCACUCACCUACUGCCCGCUGCUUCUCCUGUAGUCGCCUGCUGAGUUGGGUCAUUCGUAUCUCGGCGUGUGUGGGUUCACCUGUUCACCCACCUGUUCAUUUACCUGCUAACUGACUUUAAUGACGCUAAUGACUCUUAAUUAGCUCACUUUUUCACCUGCUCACUCACCUACCGACACCUACUGACUCGCCCUUAUGAUUCACUUUCUCUAAUUAUUUCAUUUAUCUACCUGCUUUCUCACCUGCUGACCUACCUAAUCACUUACCUGCUUUGUCUUGCAUUCUGAAUUAGCUCACAUAUCUACCUGUUCACUCACCUGUUGAUUUGGCUAAGGACUGGCUUGCUUUUCUUUGCGUUCAUAAUUAACUCGCUUAUCUACCUUCUCAUUCACUGGCUGACUCACCUAAUGGCUCACCCGCCUUGUUUUGCUGUCUGAAUUAACUCACUUAUCUUCUUAUUUCAUUCACUUGCUGACUUACCUAAUGACUCGCCCGCUUUGUCUUACUUUCGGAAUCGACUCAUCAUUUUUACUUCUGCUGACUCACCUUCUGACUAACUCACUUAUACUCACUUAAUUUUUUUUGCAUUCUGAAUUAAAUCACUCAUCUGCUGACGUACGGAAUGACACCCGCUUACUCCUGCUUUCUGAUGUAGCUCACCUAUCUACAUCAUUUUUCUGUAUACAGUUUAAUAGUAUUCGUAAACUUUAUUUGUUCUAUAUUUCAGCAGCCUUUCAUAUAUAGUCGUUUUUAUUACCUCCAUUCAUCUUUUUUGAUUUACUGAUCUAAUUUUUACUCCCCGAAUCGCAGGUUAUCAUCAUUUUAUUCAUCGAUAUAACUUUUUAGCUUUUUGUUGCUAUUUAUGUGAUGCCUUUCAUGAUAUUUUACUCGCAUUCAUCUCCUCAUUUUACGACUAAAUUUUACUCUCCUGCGCUGGAUCGCUGGUUUCUUUUUUACUGAAUUGAAAUUAUAUCCUUUUUUGCAUGAUAAUCAUCUUCAAAAUCAUUUACAUAUUUUUUUCCUCGUUACCAGCAGCUGAUUAUUCUGUCCUGUCAUUACCAUUUUUCCCGCUUGGGUAUAAUUACUCACACGCACUCAUUUCCCCGGUCAGGAAGGCCACUUUGUUCCGGCUGACUCAUUUUCCUCUCUAGCAAGUCACUGUUGUCCGCACUCACUAUCCAUACUCACGCACCACCACGCUGACUCACGCCCUCGUCCAUAGACUUUCCAUAGACUAUUGACUCCCAGAAACAAACGCCAUAGACUCAUCCAUAGACCCAUUCAGUGUUCAUCCACGGACCCACGACACACUCAUCCAUCAACACAUUCACAUUUAUAGACUCAUGCAACUCUCAUUUCAUUCAUCCAUAUGAACAAAAAAGCGCAAAAGAGAAGGGGGAUAAAAAGUGACGUCGGUGCUGAUACUGUGUUUGUAAUCCUGUUGGCAUUUAAGUUAAUUUUGCACGUAGUGAGAGAUGGAGAGAGAAAAAACAAAACAAAAAUAUAUAUAUAAACAUAAAGAUAUAUCUAUACAUACACACAUAUAUAUAUAUAUAUAUAUAGAAUUUGCACAGUGCCCUAGUGAAUUUAUAUCGUUCCAAAUAAUUGUAGUGAUAUUUGUAUAUUAUCAGACUGGACUCGAAGGGGUGGAAAAAAAUACUGCUGAAUAAACAGUAAUGGAAAAAAACACAUCCCUGCCAAAAUAUGUGUAUAUGGCGGCAUAAUUGUAGUCCUUUUUCGUGUGCUUUUGGAACCUGUAUCGAACACGGCUUGGACUGCUUAGUGUUGCUGCUGAAGGAGAAGAUUUAUUUUGCAUGUUGAGGCGCGGACGCUUGUUUAGGAUCUGGCUCAUGGGUGUGAAUUGCAAGUGGAUUAGGACUGAACAACUUGUGCAAAAAAAAAAAUGGAUACAAGCAUCUUACGGUAGUGUUUGCAUAAGUUCCCGUGUGUGUCUUUUAACUUCAGCGCUACACAAGACUGAUUUGACUCACAGGGAACUUCAUAACGUAAGAAAAGAACUUCAGACAACGAAAUAAAAGACAGAAAAGAGUUACGACAUGAAAACUAUCGUUGGAAAAUGUUUGUUGAGUGUAAAAUGAAAAGACAAGAUUCAAAUAAACAGGAAAGAUACGGAAAAUACGAACACAAGCAGAUAAGGAAUGAAAUGCAAAUGAGAAGAGAAAAACUCAUGAACCAAUAACCAGGGAAAGAGGAAACAGUGAAAUCGAGAACUAGUGAAACGGAAAACAAACAAUGCAAUAAUGAUACAAAUAUCGAACAACAACACAAUGGCAGUGGAAACGACAAAACGAAAUGGAAUAAAGGCGAAGACUAAACACAAGCGAGCCUGGAGCCAAUAGAGGAGGAAGGGUGGGGUUUAUUAAUCAGUGAAGCUCAGAAACAAUGACACGGACAAACAAACAAAGCGAGGAUGAUACAAUUACAGGGAGAAAAGGAGAGUGGUUCCUGAAAGUGACAAAAUGAGAGAGGAAAUAUAAUAACGAAAAGAAAUUAAUAUAACGAACAAGAAGUCAUAUAAAGAAAAACUAGAGUGUAAAAUGAAGAGAAAGACUGAAAAUAAAGAACAAGCAAGUCCUAGAGAAAAUUGAGGUGUAUAAAAAUUAGAUAGACUGAAUAUAAAGAACAGCAAGCCAUAUAGAAAACCAAGGAUGUAUAGUGAAAAGAAAGACUGAAUGCAACGAACAGGAAACCAUAUAGAAAAACUGAGGUGUUUAGAGAUGAGAAAGACUUGAAUAUAACGAACAGAAGUCAUAUAGAAAAAACUGAGGUGUAUUAUGCAGAGAAAGACUAACGCCUGCAGCAAGUCAUAGAGAAAAAGUGUGUGUAUAUCAAUCUCUCACUGGCCGCUAACUGAGAGGCUUCAUACCGCUCCGAAAAGCAAUUAGUGCGUUGCGUCUCCUCUGCGAGGCGCUGCUAUUGCUGACGACGGCGUGUGUUUCGCAAAUUUCGGCUUUAUUUUCACUCUUGCCAACUCACCGAGAGGGAAUUUGUAACGUGUCAGUCAGUUGUCAGUUGUUGUAGAAGACCUAGACCAAAAAAUAAACAAUGUAGACUAACUGUUUGAUUUAUAUUCACCGUCUGAAGUGAACUGUAAUGUAACUACUUAUUUAUUUUUUCCUGUAGAGGCGUAGCCAGUAUAUGUAUCGAUAGCGUUUUCAUAUUUAAGAGUAUAUAUAUAUAUAU